AUGAGCCGAAAAAGAAAAGAGAGAGGUGAUAUUGAUCCCGAACUUGAGGAUUGUAGUUACAACUAUUACAAGGAACUCAGGGAUGCAGAAUUAAAAGUCUGGCAAUCGGAAAAUGUUAUAAAAUGCCCAUAUUGUACGAAUAGUAGAGAAUACAGUUACAGUGACCUUGUUAGGCAUGCAAAUCGGAUUGUGAUAGAAUCUAAGAGUGCUGGGUUUAAAGAAAAGGCUAGACAUAUGGGAUUAGUGAAGUACUUAGAGCGGAACCCUGUUUCUACAUUGAAGUGUUCAGAACCACCUAGUGAAAGACAGAGCAAGCUAAAAGUUACUGUCACUCCGAUGCAAAAAGCUAAGGAAGAGUUAUCUGUUAACAUCAGUCCAAAGAAUAAGAUUAAGGAAGAUAUACUUCUUAGCACCAUUCUAAUGCAAAAACCUAAAGGAGAGCUAUUUGUUAGCACUACCCAAAAGCAAAAAGGUAACGAAGAACUAUAUGUUUGGCCCUGGAUAGCUGUGGUUGCCAACAUUCAUGUUGAAUGCAGAGGUGGUAAGUAUGUUGGUGACGGUGGAAAAAAGCUAAAAGAUGAGUGGAUAACACAAGGGUACAAUCCACACAAAGUUGUUCCGUUGUGGAAUCGGCACGGUCAUACUGGACUUGCUGUGGUUGAAUUUGGGAGAAGCUGGGAUGGAUUGGACCAUAUGAUGAGGUUCGUGAAGGCAUUUGAGGUAAACAAGCACGGCAGGAAAGAUUGGCAAGACAAAACAAGGUUCAAAGAUGACAAGUUGUAUGCAUGGAUUGCUGGAGACGAAGAUUACAACUCUUGUGGUCUUAUUGGUUAUCAUCUUAAGAAAAAUGGAGAUUUAAAGACACUUGCUGAAAUUCAACAAGGCGAAGAAGCAAAAAACUCGAUGCUUCUUAUGGGUUUGAAAACUAUUAUAGAGGAGAAGGACAAACGAGGUGAAGAAAUUCAAAGUGAAAUAAGCAAGACAGAUUCACAUCUGGUUACUGUUGUGAAACAAAAAGAAGUUAUGACUGCAAACUUCAAUAGAGAAAUGGAAAUGAUGCGUGCGAAGACCAAGGAGCAGCUUGUGAAGAUUGACAGGGACCAUCAACUGAGAAGAGCGCAGUUGGAAAACCGAGAAAGGGAAUUGAAAGAACGUGAAGCUAAAAGUGAAAGUGAGAAAAGGAAGCUUGAUUAUGAAAAGAAAUUGAACGAAAUGGCAAUUUUGGAACAGAAAAAGGCGGAAGAAAGAAUGGUGAAGUUAGCCGAUGAGCAGAAGAAAGAAAAGGAAAAUCUUCACCAACAAAUCAUUGAAUUUCAAAAGAUGCUUGAUGAGAAGCAACGUUUGGAGCUAGAAAUCAACCAAAAGAAAGGUGCUUUAAAAGUGAUGAAACACAUGACUGAUGAACAUGAAGCCGAACAGAAGAGGAUUCAAGAAGAACUAGAAGAAAAAGAAGAGGAACUUGAAGCUCGGAUGGAUCUUUAUCAAACCUUAAUCAUCAAAGAACGUAAAACGAAUGAUGAGUUACAGGAUGCACGUAAAGAAUUAAUUUCUGGUUUGAAGAAACCUGUUGCACGUGCCAUUAUUGGUGUGAAGAGAAUGGGUGAGCUUGAUCCAAAGCCUUUUACCGAUGCUGGUAAAAAACUUGGUUCUGGUAAAGAUGAGGUAGAGAGUAUGAUAAAGCUGGUGUCUUUAUGGGAGGAUCGUCUCAGGGAUCCAAGCUGGCAUCCUUUUAAGGUCAUCAUUGUUGGAGAGAAGUGUGAGGAGAUACUCGAUGAAGAAGACGAGAAGAUAGCAAGCCUGAAGUUGGAGUAUGGCGAGGAUAUAUGUGAUGCUGUUGUGACGGCUCUGAAAGAAUUGAAUGAGUACAACCCGAGUGGCAGAUAUCCGUUGCCGGAGCUUUGGAAUUUCAAAGAGAACAGAAAGGCAACCUUGAAAGAGGGUGUUGAAUGUAUACUCAAAAAGUGGAAGUUACACAAACGCAAAAAAAUUUGAAGAUUGCAGCGCUGGGAAGUUGGUGACUUAAAUUCUUUUCUGAAUAUGAUUCAGAAUCAUAUAAUUACAGGUUUACAGCAUAGUGACAUGACUUGGAUGCUGUGUAUAUAUUGACGGUAAUGAUGUGUCCGUUGUUUUCAUCUUCCAUCAUGGGUGAUGAGCCUUUGGUAGUUUGGUUGCAUAUUAUAUAAGUAUAGAUAUAAGAAUAUAUGUAGACUCUCAGUUUGACCGAUGUUCUUUAGGUAACCAUUGU